AUGGAUUUUUUAGAGUGCACCAUAUGCCAUGAGGCAUACUUCUUAACAGAGGAAUCCUUAGCGAGGCACCAGCAAAUGUGUCUUGCUACCAAAGGGUACACAAGCCGAUUCCGAAAAUUACGACGACAACGACGACGCAGCCCUGGCAAUCCACCUCCGGCCAAACAAUCAAAAGGAGUAAGGAGUCGUAGCAGCAGCAGCAGCAGCAGCAGCAGCAGUCCACAACGCAGCAGUCUACAACGCAGCAGUCUACAGCGCAGUAGCAGUCUACAACGCAGUAGCAGUCCACAACGCAGUAGCAGUCUUCAACGCAGUAGCAGUUCACAGCGCAGUCCACAACGCAGCAGUUCACAACGGAAUAGCAGUCUUCAACGCAGUAGCAGUUCAAAAUACAACAACAGUGCUCAACGCUUACAACAUAGCAGCAGCAGCAGCAGUAUACCAUCUCCAAAUCUGAAAUGCCAUCUCAAACGUGGUCUUCUAAGCUGUCGUGAUUAUACGAUUGACAACCCGGACAACUACUACAAAGACUCAAAGGAAUUCCUAGCAUCGGCUCUUCCUCUGGUUGAAAAACUACUGCGUGAGGAGCUAAAGACAACGCAUAGCCUAAAAUUUAAUUUGGUGUUGCUGUCCUAUUUCAACCAUCUACACGAAGGCAUCAUAGAGGAAUUCAACUUUAAAACCACAACUAGGGCUCUCUACGGGGGCUCUGACGAUCUCGAGGACAUGCUGGCGCAGGAUGGUGCGAAGCUGCUUGCGGAACAGUCCGAGUUUGAGGGCAAAGGUAGCGGCUGGAGUCUGGAUCAUCCAUCUAGCUUAACUAUAAGAGUAAGUAGAUUUACAUUUAAGAAACCCACUGGGAAAUCAUAUACUAACCUACCAAAAAGGAUCAGCCAACGCAAAGCAACCAUAAAUAUUCAAAAUAGGGACGAAAAAUGCUUUAUGUAUAGUGUUCUUGUAAAACACCUACCCGAUGUAAACGUUAACUCCGUUUUAAAUGAGAGUCACUUUGAAAACAUCAAAGAUCACUAUGAUUUUAAAAAUCUUAAAUUUCCGGUCUCAGUAUCGUCUAUUCACAUAUUCGAAAGGGACAACCCAAACACAUCAGUGAACGUAUUCGAAACAGCUCCGGGUUGUGACAUAAGCCCUUUACGUGUUGUUGACGAAAAAGAUGAUCAUAUCGAUUUGUUGUUGUACCGGGCUGGUGCUAACAUCGCACAUUACGUAUACAUCACGGAUUUUGCAAAGUUGAUCAGACCGCAGGUGGCGGCUGGCCACAAUCAAAUUGUCAUAUGCAAACGGUGUUCGACACACCGAGAAGUUAGGAAGUGUAAAAUGGGUCCCAAAAUAUGGCUUGAAGAUCAUUUGCGUCUUUGUAAAAAAUUCAAACUCGCUACCACACGUCUCCCGAAAGAAGGGGAAAACCUUUUGAAAUUUGAGGAAUUUGAAUACCAAAUUCCGGUCCCAAUUAUUGUCGUAGCUGAUUUUGAAGCUACGCUAGUGCCGAUUGUGGGGUCUGAUCGUUCGUACCAGUGUCACGAACCCAACUCUUACUGUACACUUGUAAAAACCACUCUACCUGUUGAAAAGCUGCACGAAGUAGGUAUUAGUACGGAACCAGAACUACACCGUACUCCCAAUGCCGCUCAAUCUUUUAUGAUCCAUAUGCAACAACUUGCCGCACGUGUCGAACAACUGUACACGAGACAAGAGCCGUUAAAAACACUAACAGCGGAAGAAAACGAACGAUUUGAAACAACUACCGAAUGCGAAUUAUGCGAGAGACCGUUCAACGACAGCACUUGUAUUAAAGUAAUUGAUCAUUGUCACGUGACCGGAAACCUCCGACUCAUUCUCUGUGGUAAAUGCAACUUGCGAUGUUCUACUGUUAACUUUAUACCGGUAUAUUGUCACGGUAUGUCUAACUAUGACGGAAACUUUAUAAUAAAAAGUCUUUCUACAGUUCCGGAUUGUGAAGUAAAAGUAAUUCCAUGUACUAACGACAAAUACAUUGCCAUAUCGGUACGGGUAGGCAGAAUUUGGAUCCGUUAUUUGGAUUCUUUCAGACUCAUGUCGUCAAGCUUGGCCAAACUGGCAAACAUCUUGUCUGAGAGUGAACUUGUUGAAUCGUCAAAAUUGGUCCCACCCGAACACCUAGACCUUGUCCGCCGCAAAGGUAUUUACCCAUAUGAUUUUGUAACCACCACAGCGGUCUUUGACCAAACCGAGUUACCGUCACGGGAUGCAUUUUUUGACCGCUUGAACAAUGAACCGUGUUCAGAAGAAGAUUACGAGUUCGCACGGUCCGUAUGGGAAAAACUAAAAAUGAAAACGUUUGGUGAAUACCACAAUUUUUACUUAAAACUCGAUGUUUGUCUACUUGCCGACAUUCUUACGUCCUUCAGAAAAACAUGUUUGGAAUCAUAUAAAAUCGAUUGUUGUCAUGUUUACACUGCACCUGGUCUUGCAUAUAAAUCAAUGCUUCGGAUGACCCGUGUCACCCUCGAGCUUCUCACGGAUCCGGACAUGUUAUUAAUGAUCGAGUCCGGUAUCAGGGGGGGACUUGUGCAGGUCAGUCUCAGGCAUGCCGUAGCAAACAACCCAUACCUUAGCAACCCGUCAGAUUACAACGAAAACGAACCAAAAACAUGGUUACUAAUGUUGGAUGCCCUGAACUUGUAUGGGUACGCACAGUCCAGUUACCUACCGACAGGAAACUUUAAGUUUGUAGAAUCCCCGGAAACGUUGGAUUGGUCAACACUUCCAUUGGACGCGCCAACAGGGUAUAUAAUGGAAGCUGAUGUGACAGUACCGGACCGUGUUCACGACAAACUACAGGAUCUACCUCUCCUUCCGGAACUUGAGGUCCCUCCGGGUAGCAGAGAAAAAAAACUAUUGGCAACGCUACAUGACAAGGUAAAGUACGUGGCACACUAUACAGUGUUUCAACAAGCCGUGAAGUUAGGUUUAGUUGUGACUAAAGUACACCGUGCAAUCUCGUUUUCACAGUCACCUUAUAUGAAAAAAUUUGUUGAUUUCAACGCUGAAAAGAGAGCCGGUUCUACCAACGACUUCUACAGGAACAUAUACAAACUAAUGAACAAUGCCAACUACGGUAGAUUGUUGAUGAACAAACGGAACCAUCGUGAUGUCAGGAUAGUAACCAAAGACAGUCUCCUUCAAAAGCUGAUCCGCAACCCUCAAUUUUCCGAACAUGUAAUAGUAGCGCCAAACGUUGUGCUUGUUUAUAUGCAAAGGAAGUCUGUCUUGUUGAACGCCCCAAUUUAUGCCGGAAUGUGUGUUCUAGACAUAGCAAAAACACACAUGAAUAGGUUCUAUUAUGAUGUGCUGUGUACUCAUAUUGACAAGUUACGCUUAUGUUACACAGACACAGACUCACUUCUGAUACACCUGACCUCGGACUGUGACAUAUUCGAUCUCUUGCGUCCGAUAGCAUCAACACAUUUGGAUCUGUCUGUAUAUCCGGAUGCUCACCCACUUAAAGACGAUACAAACAAAGGUCGGAUUGGUUGUUUUAAAGAUGAAGCUCGUGACGGGAAACAGAUCCAAGAGUUUGUCGGGUUACGUGCCAAAAUGUACGUAUAUCGUUACGGGUCGGACGAAAAAGAAGUAAAGUUCACUUCUAUGAAAGCGAAAGGUAUAAAGUCUUCAUAUGUGAAACAUAACCUCACGUUCGAAGACUACAAGAGGACACUGUUUGACGGCACGGAGCCUGAGAAAGCAGAAUUUAACCAGAUACAAAGCCGGCUAUUUAGGAUAACAACCAAAACAGUAGUGAAACGAUCUCUGUCUGCUGCCGACGACAAGAGAGUAAUCAACAAUGACCGAAUCAAUACGAUGCCCUAUGGGCAUUAUAAACUUAGGACCAUCGCAGAAGAACCUACCGCUGAGGAGGACAGCAAUGAAAACAAUGACAAUGACAUUAUAUGA